CGACAAUAGUUGCUUUGAUUUAUGACACCGGGGCGCAUGAAGAGGAACGGGAGGACGGUGCUCACAACAAUACAGCAAGCGCGUGCCUGCAUAAACGACCGAUUCGGUUAUUACUAGUCGCCCGGGUUAUGCGAAUCGGUGCGGAGGAUGAGGGCGUGCACGCACACUGACAAUCAAACCCGUCCACCAAACGAAGGACGGAAGUACAGAAGCAGAAACAGAGAAGGGAAAGAAAUGAGAAGGGACCGAGGGAGGGAGUCGGUGAGAGUGGAGCGGAAUUAGUCAAUGAUAGAGGGAGGAGGAGAGAAGAGAAGAAAGAGAGGCAGAAGGGUAGUGCUCCGGAGGUGGACGUGGCGGGUCCGGUGGUGGAGUUAAAAGUCAGGCGAUUGUGGCGCUGUCACAACAUAAAGAACCAUGAAGCGAGCAGACGGCAGAGGCCGUGCCACGGGCUCCACUAUCCAAAGCACACGCCGAAUCAAGAUGAUUCCCAGGCAACUGGCUGGUCACACCAGCAGGAGAUGUAGGGGCCCCCACUGUGGCUCAUUAUAUGUUUUCAGGGAACCAACCAGGUGUGCCAGUAUUCCAUUCUACCUCCUCCAUUGACCGGUAGAUUUUGAGAAACACGCAGGAGGUUGGACAAGGCGGAAGAAGAAUUCGGCGGCAAGGGAGAAGAACCGAUUCGGGGGGGGAUCAAGUGCGUCUUGUGCGCCGCAACACGUUAAGUGACGGAGAGUGGAAGAACGGUGCUGGGAUCAGUACCAGGAGGAGUGGAAGAGUGGGACGACUUUGGAAGGCAGCUUUUCCCCCUCACCAUGACGGCGUUGGAGGCAGAGUGCAUGAGCCUGAGCCUGGCUCAUUCCAUGUCCUCGGAGUGUGGCUCUCCAGGUUCUCUUGGCUCAGACUCGCCCGCCUCGCUGGUCCUCCUCUCGUCGGCCUGCCCCACGCCCACCCUCAGCUCCCUGGGGGCCGACAUAGCCGAGCCCCUAGUGAUGUUGCCCUGCAUCAAGAGCGAGCCCGAGGACCCCGAUCUGGAGCCCAUCCAGACGGUGGACCUGUCGGAGAUCCAGCCACUAUCCACCGCCGAGCUGGGCCAGGAUCAGAUCAAGAUGGAGAUCAGUGGCCUGGACUACAUCAGGUCUGAGCACCACGGCAGCAACAACCUGGGACCGUUCCACAACGCUGAUGUCACCGAACUGGACUACAAGUCCCAAUACGAGCCCAUCCUGGUGUUUGACUACAUUUCCCAGGUGUCCGACACUCUGGAGUACAUCAAGUCGGACCACCACGUGGAUCUGCACUGCUACUACACCACCGAACUGGGCUCCCUGAAACCAGAUUACCCCGAACACAACUUCAUGUCCAGCCACCUCCAGCGGCCCGACCUGCACCACCACCACCACCUCCACCACCCCAACACGCUGGAGUCGAUCCACAUGGCCGAGCUCCGUGACGAGCUCAACAAACUGCGACCGGACCCCAUGCUCAUGGACGGCGUGGUGAAGGUCGAGCCCGAGUCUGGCGACGGCGUGUACGGCCUCCUGACCGGGGAGGGGGGCAAAGCGUCAGCCGGCGGAUGCAAAGGCCAGAGCCUCGCCUCACGUAAGCCCCGCAACAUGCAGGGCGAGAAGCCCUUCUCGUGCCCGCAGUGCGGCAAGAACUUCAGCACGCUGGGCAACCUGAAGACCCACCAGCGCAUCCACACGGGCGAGCGGCCCUACGCCUGCUCGCAGUGCGGCAAAAGCUUCGGCCAGGCGGGCAACCUGAAGCGCCACCAGCUGAUCCACACGGGCCAGAAGCCCUACGUGUGUGCCCACUGCCCCAAGGGCUUCACCAAGGCGGACGACCUGCGCUCGCACCAGCGUCUGCACACGGGCGAGCGGCCGUUCAGCUGCGGCACCUGCGGCAAGAGCUUCGGCCAGUCCAAGGAGCUGAAGGCCCACCAGCUCAGCCACACGGGCGAGCGACCCUACUGCUGCCAGCACUGCGGCAAGAGCUUCACCAAGGAGAUGAGCUACCGCAACCACCUGCAGAUCCACGCCGGCGAGAAGCCUUUCAGCUGCUCGCAGUGCGGCAAGACUUUCAGCAACUCGGGUGUGCUCAAAACCCACGAGAAGAUCCACUCCGGGGAGCGACCGUUCGGGUGCACCCAGUGCGGCAAGAGCUUUGGGCGCCUGGGGCACCUGAAGGCCCACCAGCAGAUCCACACCGGGGAGCGGCCCUUCGCCUGUCCCCAGUGCGGUAAGACGUUCAGCCAGUCCGGCCACCUCAAAGCACACGAGCAGAUCCACAAGCGGGAGCGCUCCGACACGGGAAGCACCAACAGCAAUGAAGCAGCACUCUGGGAAAUGACAGUAGCUAAAACAAAACAGUUUAUACACCAUUUAAUGUCAUGGGUAGGGGGGGGAAAAGUAUUAUUCCUUUUUUAUAUAAUGCAUAUAUAGAUAUAUAUAUAUGUGUGUUUUGUUCCUUAUUUUGUUUUCAAAUGUUCAUACCGUUGUGCUUUUCUUUCUCUGUGUGUGUGUGUGUGUGUGUGUGUGUGUGUGUGUGUGUGUGUGUGUGUGUGUGUGUGUGUGUGUGUGUGUGUGUGUGUGUGUGUGUGUGUGUGUGUGUGUGUGUGGUUUACUAAGGGCCUUGUUGAUUUUGUGUUAAUGGUUUGUCCGUACUAUAUCAAGUAUAGAGGUGAACCCUAAAUCAUCUUUUUAUAGGACCAAGUAUGGGUACUUAUUUUUCUUUUCCUGUAAGUACUUACCAAUACCAAGCACCAAGUGGUUUGAUGACCAAUUUACAGUACUUGUUUUUGUACUUUUCAAUACGCAGUACCAACCUUUAGCAGACCAAACUGUGAGUACUUGUGUACUUGUCAAUAGCAUUUAUUAUUAUGAGUACUUUAUUCUGUGUACUAUGCCAUACUGAGGGCCAAAGUAUAAAUAAGUACUUAUUUUUCAGUACUUGCCAGUACAAAAUGCCAGUGUUUUUACUGACCACGAUGGGUAUUUGCUGACGACAGAUCAGAACUUUUUUUUUACGUGAUGUGAUGCCAUUACAUUUUAAUACAUAAGCUAAAAAUA